AUGGAAGCGCCUAACAUCCAGCUGCUGAUCCAGGACAUGCGGGCAGAGAUCACCAAACUGCAGAAGGAGAACCAAGCCCUCCGCACCAAACUGACUUCAAGCAGUCGGAGCCCCUCGGGCUCAGGGGGAGAAUCAGGAGAGGAAAGGGAAGAAGAGGCACCCGAACAUUCCCCAGCAACCGUUCCCGGAGCCGUUUCCACCGACUCAGCCCCAGGAGCUGCGCGGCCGCACCCAGGCAAUACCAUGAUUGUUAGACGCUAUUCCAUUUCCUCGUCAGCUCAUUCAUCUGCUGUGAGGGAUCCCUGGAAAGUGAGGAAAAGACAUCCAAAUAGCAGAAUUCUAGAAGCUCAGAGAACAUGUAAAUCACUGGCAUGUUCUUCCAUUAAGAAGCAAGACAAUGAAGAGAUGAUUGCAGCAGAUUCUGUUGUCAGCAACAAUGCCAGCCAAAGAGCUUCCCCUGAACGUGGUUUUGGUUGCAGGAACAAGAUAAAGGCAGUCAGUUUCCUGUUACCCAUGGACAUGUCUUCAUAUUCCAGAAAUUCAAGUUCCUUGAAAUACUCACCAAAUAACACCACAGACCAGCUAAGUAUUAUUGCAGAGUAG